AUGUCUGAUAAUUCAUCGGCUUCUAAUUUUGAUAAUUAUAUUGCUGAAUUACAUGAAUAUCUUGAUCGUAUACGUGAUAUUGUGGAUGUUGAUGAACAAUCAUCAGUAAUUGUUGCAGAUUUAGCACAAGCUUAUUCUGAACAUUCAUCACCAAUACAAACAGCUAUGUGUUUAUCAGCUUUAUUUUGUGGACAAAAAAAUAUUCUUACAUAUCUUCGACGUGCUACUUCAAAAAGUGAAUUAAAAAAAACUAAAGUGCAAAUAUUACAAUUUCUUAAAUUUUUUAUUGAAAAUGCUACGGUUAAAAUUUUACCAUAUUCUAUUGAAUUGAAAUCAGUUCUUCUAACAAUUUUUAAUGUUGAUAAUGCAUCAGAAGUACGAGCAUCAAUAUUUCCAAUUUUAUCACAAUUAAUGGAAUUAACUGCUAGUUAUACUGAUAUGCAAAAUGAAGUUGAUAAAAUGGCAACAACAUUUCUUGAUCAAAUUGGACUUCAAAUUAAAGGACUUUGCUUAGCAUUUCUUGGUUUAUUAUGUAAAUAUUUUCCUGAAUAUAUGAAAAAAUAUGCAGAUCCACUUUUAAUUGGACAAUAUUUGAAAUAUUUACAUGAACAAUUAGUCAAGGAUGUCAAAUUUGAAAUGUUAAUAGCUGCAGGUGCAAUAGAAGGUCUUGUUAAUUAUCUUGUUAAUUUUAUUCCCUCGUCAACACCAGCUCAUUCAUUAUCAACUGUUCAAAGUAAAAAUAAAGAAGUAGAUAAACGUUUAAGUGAAGAAAGAAUUCGAUGUGAAUCAGAUUUAAAACGUAUUUAUAUUUAUGGUGCACGUGCAAUACAAACACAAGAACAAACUAAUUUAAAUCGUUAUGCAUUAGUUAAAGUUGGUCUUGAAUUAUUUGCUCAACAUUCAACUUUAUUUACAGAAUAUCUUUAUGAAGAUUAUGUUGAAAUACUUCGAUGUAUUCGUGCAUGGAAUAUUCAUGAUAAUUAUGAAGUUAAAAAAGUAGCUCAACGUGCUUACGACACAUUUUUACUUGGAGUUGCUAAUGCUUUAAAAGAAAAGAAUAUUAAAACACCGGAAGAACGUCGUCGUGCAGUACAAGUUUUUCAAUAUUUUAUAAAACAAUUUCGUGAUCAAAUUGAUACACCUCAAUUAGAAAUUCGAGAUCUUGCUAUGGGAAUACGUGGCUAUGGAGUUUUUGCUAAUGCUUGUAAACUUUAUGGUACAGAAGAAGAUAUAAAAUUUAUGUUUGUUGGUCUUGUUCAACGUUGUGAACAAAUAGCAAUGCCAACUGUAACUUUAUCACAAGCCAUGGAUAUUUUCGAUGAACGUUUUUAUGGUUUACCGAAUUUGAUUGAUGCACUAUCAGCGAUUAUUAUUGAAAUGACAAAUAUAGGUGAAGAAUUUCUCGGUCCACUUGAACGUUUAACUGUGAUGACAAUUGAUUAUUAUCCACGUUAUCAACCUAAACCACAAGCAACAACAUGUUCAUCAGUAAUUAAAAUGGUUUUAGCUUUACAAACUAAACCAAAUUCUUAUAAACCAUUUAUUUCACGUAUCGUCACUCAAGCACUUAUUCGUUGUUGUUCACAUCCAUUAAAAACAACUGUCGAACAACAAUUAGAAAAUUAUGAACCAGAUGUAUCAGACAAUAAAACGAAAUCUCUUCUAUCAAUUGGAAAAACGAUUACUUAUGAAAAUUAUCUUCCACUAUGGAGAUCGAUUUUAAGUGUUACAACAUCCAAAGAAUUUGAUACAAGUGCAUAUCCAAUAUUUGAUCGACAAAAUAUGCUUGUUUCAUUAUAUGAUGAAAUAAUUGAAUCAAUUUUACAUAUUAUCGAUCGACUUGAUUUAAAUGUUGAAAAAGAAAAAACCGAAGAUGAAAAUAAUGAUGAAACUACAACAAAUACAGAUCCAGUCUUUGGUAUGCGACCUGUAAAACCAAUGGACUUUCAAAUCUUUUACAAUCUUAUUGAUUUUUGCCAAGAUUUAUUACCUGAUCAAUCACCAAAAUUAUUUCAAAAAUGGAUAUUUCGAUUUCUAUACGAUAUUAUUGCUACCUCAACAAAAUAUCCAUUAGUUAGUGGAAUAUAUCGAUUUGCUACAUUUGUAAUGAAUAUAUGUUUAAAACUUGAUUAUUUCAAAUCUACUCGUGAUAAUACUGAAAUGAUGGAAGUAGAUACAAAUGAAAAUGAACAAGUCAUAGCGGUUUGUGGACUUGUUCGACGGUUUGCACAUGAAGUACUUUCUCGUCAAAAACAAUAUCGUGAUGAUUUACUUAUAUCAUGUUUACAAUUUAUUAUGUCAUUACCAUCAGAAUGUAUUGAUUAUGAUUUUUCUGAUUAUGUACCAGCUAUUCAACUUGCUUUAAGUAUUGGUUUAAAUUAUUUACCAUUAGCUGAACAAACAAUAAAUAGUCUUGAACGAUGGUCACAAUCAAAAUCAUUAAAUUUAGCGAAUUUUUACAAUCAAAUAUUACCUUAUCUUGAUGAUUUUCUACGUUUAUCUUAUGAUCAAGGUGAUGAUGUUAAUGUUCGAGCUGUAGUAUCAACAUUACAAGAAAAAACACGUUCUAGUGCAAAAAGCAAACGUGUUUUACCAACACGAAUGCUUAAAAAGAGUAAACAAAUCAAACAUUUGUUUGAAGAUAGUGACAUUCGUCGUGUACAAUUUCGUAUCUUAAAAUAUCUUGGUUCAUUAAGCAAUCAUAUUAAUCAUUAUCUUAUUGAUGAUACUUCAAAUUAUUUCAUUAAAGAAGCUAUAGCAUGGGAUAAUAAUAAUCAUAUUACAUUUAAUGUACCUUUUGAUGAUAUUAAACCUACUAUUCAUCUUGAUGUUUUUCUACCUCGUAUAGUUGAUUUAGCAUUACAUAGUUCUGAUCGUCAAACAAAAAUUACUUCAUGUGAAUUACUUCAAUCAAUUAUGCUCUACAUGAUUGGAAAAAGUGCAAAUAAUCGAAGUAGCGCAGCAGCUUCGUAUGAAAAACUCUAUGAACAUUUAUUUCCUGCAGUACUUCAAUUAUCAUGUGAUUCAGAUACAUUUACAAAAACAUUAUUUACUACAUUUAUGAUUCAAAUGAUACAUUGGUUUACCAAAAAUCAUAAUUAUGAAAAUCCAGAAACAAUGUCAUUGCUUGAUACAUUUAUGAAUGGUAUGAUAUCCGGACAGAAUGCAUCAAUACGUGAUUUUAGUGGUAUAUGUUUAAAAGAAUUUCUUCAAUGGACUGUUAAACAUGCUGGUGGAUAUGAUAAACCUGCUUAUUUAAAAAAUGCGACAUCAGUUCUUAAACGUAUAUUAAGUUUUUCAUUACAUCCAAAUAGUUUUAAAAGACUCGGAUCAACAUUAGCAUGGAAUUCAAUUUAUACACUCUAUCGAGAAUCAGAAAUAUUAGUUGAUGUUUACACAAUUCAAUUACUUUAUGUUUUUGUUGAAAGUUUAGCAAUUGCGCAAGGAGAUGAUCCAUCUCUUGGCACUCAACAACAAGCAAUAGUAGCCUUAUCUCAUGUAGAACGAAUAAUAAAAGAAAAAUCGAAAUUAUUUAUUAAAGAAACACCGAAACGACAUCGACCACCAUUAUGGGCAGAAGCGUCACUUGAUGUUACUAUUCGAUGGUUACUCCGACAAUGUGGAAGAAUUGAAACGGAAUCAAGAAGAAAAUGUAUUGAACUUGUUUGUACAUUUAUUCCACUUUUACCUGGUAUUCGAUCAAUUCGAGAAUAUUUUGACUUAAAAGUUCAAAGUGAAGGCAAUCUUUAUUUUAUUGAUAGAUUUGAAGGUACAAGUAAAGAUAAGAAAAAGAAUUUUAAAGCAAAUCUAGCUAAUGCAGCAUGUUUAACUGAUAUGAAUGAACAAUUUUCACUCCCGAUUGUUUAUCAAUGGCUUGACACAGUUAUUGCUUCGUUAGAUUGUUAUACAUGGGUAUUUUCACAAGGAUUUCUCAAUCCAUUGUUAUUUCAAGACAACAAUCAACAAAGUCGUUUAAUUGUAUCAUUAUCUUAUUUUAUCUCAAAAAUAUCAAUGAAUACAUUACAUGAUAUUGUUACAUAUUUUCCAUCAUCAAAUCAAUCGUAUGUAUUUACACCGAGUGAUGUUCGUCAAUUUGAUACUGCAAAAUGUACAGUAAUUGUUCGUUUACUUAAUUUUAUAACAGCACUUUGGACAAAAUAUCCACAAGAUACAAAACGUGCAAUUGAUAAUUCAUUUUAUAGUACUGAUUUAACUAAAUUGAUUUUAACUUGUGUAUUCAAUCCAGCACAACUUGGAUUUGACAUUAAUAAUGAAGAAAUCAAUCGAAAACUACCAGAACGAAUCCGAAGUUUAUUAAAAUCAAUGAUAACUCAUCUACCUAAUCAAUUAUUACAGCCAUUCUCUAGUAUUGCAUUACAAAUGACGAAAUCUGAUGGAGUAUACAACUUAACUAAUGAACUCAAUAUGAAUCCUGUUCGUUGGCCACUUAUAUUUACUAUUACUCGUGGACUUCAUCUCUUACAUGAUGUACGAUUAUUAGCUAAACCGAAACAAUGUGAAGAAUAUGCUAAAGAACUUUGGACAAUAUUAUUAACAAAAAUGAUAACUCAUGAAGAAGAUUGUGAUAAAGCAAAUAUUAUAUUAACUAUCGAUAAUCAACGUGGCUUACAAGCUCUAUUCGAUUAUAUUAUUUAUUUAGGAAUUCAACCGAAUGAAGUUUUACCCUAUUUUUUUCAAUCAAAUCGUAUCCAUACUGAUUCUGGUAUGUCAACCAUAGGUACAUACUUAUUAAAUUUAUUUAAACAUCAAAUAACAAGUUGGCUUGGUACAACACCUCAUUUUAUUAUAAAUAAUAUUGGUGAAAUCAAAACUAUUGAUCAAUGUCGUUCAAUUGUUUCAUUUCUUACAAUUGUUCUUGAUUUAUGUAGUAAAGAAAAAGAUAUUCGUCAACAAUAUGGUCGACAAUUUGUUGAUGGUAUUUAUACAUGUUGGCCAUUAUUUUCUUUAUUAUAUCGUUCAAUAAAUCUUGAUGAUAAAUUAUUAAUUGUAACAUUACUAACAAAAACUUUUAUUAUUGAUAGUCGUUUAUUAAUAUUACAUGAACAAUUUCAACAUAUAUCACAAAUGUAUUUAUCCUUGUUAAUAGAUAAACAAUUAAAUUUAACAUUUAAAACACGUUUACUUGAUUUAUUACCAUUUUUUGCUUCACUCGAUACAGAUGAAGAUCUAUCCGAAGAUAAACGUAAAAAAUGGUCCGAUGAUUUCUGUCGUACAUUACAUACAUUUACAGCUGAUUGUUUUCCAUUAAAAAGUACAGAAUUUCAUAAAGGUACACAAGAAUAUCAUGAUUAUCAAGGUGCAAUAAGAAAAAUUUUAUCUGCACUUGAAUUAUCAUCAUCAUUUAUAUUAUUUGAAUUAUUAAUAUGGAUGUUAUGUUGUGAAACACAUCAUAUAUUUGAAGAUGAAAUUCUUUUAUCAAUCAGUCGUUAUGUUAUUAAAUUAAAUGAUCAAAUAAAACAAUUAAAUUUACUUGAUUAUAUUUAUUCGAUAUUAUUUGGGAAAAAUCCAUUAUUUCGUCUUGAACAUCGUUUAAAUGCAUUAGAAAAAUUUAUAUUAAAAAUUUUAACAUCAGUUAAAAAAAGUACAUUAAUUGAAUUUUAUAAUAAAUAUAUAUCAUUAUUUGUUAUUGAUCAACUUGAUAUUAAACUUGAUUUAACAUUAUCGUCAUCAAUAACAUCAGUUUUAAUUAAUAAAAUUGCUACAUAUCGUUUUAUUGAUUAUAUGUAUACAAUAUUGAAUAAAGAUGAUGUGUUUGGUUUAAAUUCUUUAAUUGCCAAAACUUUUUAUGAAACAGUUAAAAAACAAGAAGAAGCAAGAAAAAUAUUAAAUGUUGAAAUGCCUAUAACAACAAUUAAAACUGCUUCAACAAUGGAUGGAAAAGAAUUAACAAAAUAUAUUAUAGCACGUGCUCGUGCACAAUUUAUAGAUGGAAAAAUAAUAAAAUCAAUGGAAAUGAUUUUAACAAAUGUAACAGCAAUAGAAAAAGAAAUGAAAAUGAAUUUAAUACGUUCAUUAGCAAUAAGUUCGUUUAAUUGUCUUAUUUCAAUUUUAAUUUGUACACAAACAGAAGCAAAACUUUAUAAAGCUUUUAUUUUUGAUGCAAAUAUAUCAAAGGAUGAAUACAUUUGGGAUAAUCUAAUCGAUCCCGAUCGAAAAUAUACAUUUCCUCUUGAACUUGAACAUUAUUAUAAAAAAGAUAAACGUACAUUAUUAAAUAUUCUUAGUAAAAAAAUUCUUACAUUAUCAAAUUCAAAUUCUGAUAAUCAACAACAACAACGUCUAUCUACCCCACCACGUUAUUUACCAUCUCAAUAUUUAUUUGGUAGUAGUUUAACUGAUGAAUUAGCUGUUUUUGAUUUUACAUCCGUUGCUGUUAGUCAACAACAAAAUGAUUUAAAUAAUAAAAUUCAAUCAAAUUCUCUUCCAGAAAAUUCCCUAGAAAUUUCUCUAUAUAAAAAAGAUGAUGAUAAACCAGCAUUAAUUGAAGGUACAUCAGAUGAUGAAAUAGGAACAGAUUUAAUUGAAAUUGAAAUGGAUGAACUUAAUUUACAUCCAUGUAUGAUACCAAUGGUUUGUUUACUUAAACAUAUGGAAACAAAUGGUAUCACAUCUUCAACUGCACAAUCGGAUAUGCCACCAUGGAUGAUUUGUUUAUAUAAAAAAUUUAAUGAUCCAACGAUUGGAUUUAAUAUAAAACUAUUUAUUAUGCGUCUUAUUACUCAUACACAUACGAUAUUUAAACCUUAUGCACGUUAUUGGUUAACACCCAUUAUUCAAAUGUGUAAUCAAAUGUUUGAAAAAUCUUCGGAUGGUUUAAAUACGUUUCUUAUUGAUACAAUUGUUGUAUUAUUAUCCUGGAGUUCAAUAGCAAUUCCAAGUGAACUUGAUGCAACAUCAGUUCAACGUCUUUUAGAAUAUUUAUUUCUUAAUUGUACACAUAAAAAUUCUUUUGUUAUGAAAACUAAUUUAGAUUUAAUUAAAAAAUUAGUUGAAUCAUGGAAAGAUCGUAUUUAUACGCCAACAUUAAUUAUUUAUAAAUUAAUAUCUGAUCAAGAUAUAAAAUCAAAACAAAAUGCAAUAGGUUUAUCAUUAAUUGGAAUAUUAUUAGCUAAUGAAAUAUUACCUUAUAAACAAAUAAAUGAUUUGCCGGAAGAUAAAUUUAAUGAAUCAUUAUUGAAAAAUAUGAAAAAUUCUUUUCGAAAUAUUUAUGCAGCUGCUGCUGAAGUUGUUGGAAUGUUAUUAAAUGUUAAAAACUUAAAAAAUGAAUCAAAUCAACGUUUAUUAGAACAAUUAAGUUUUAUAUUAAAAUGGCAUAGUGGUCAAGGAACACAAGAUACAUAUGUAACAUGUAUUUAUUCAUUACAAAAACAUUAUCCAGAAAUUAUUGAUAAAACUGUUAUGAAUAAACUAUUAUUUGGUAUGAAAAAAUUAUAUGGAGAUUUUAAGAUCGAAUGUUUAGAAGCAAUGAUUCCAAAUAUUACAGAAUUUGAUUCAGCAUAUUUAGAAUUGAAAGCAGCAGGAAUACUUGAUAUUCUUAUUCACAAAGAUUUCAGUAUUCGUGGUGUUGCAUUACGUCUUUUACAUAAACUUUUACCCAAAUUAACACAUGAUCAAUUAUUUGAAAUAGCUCAAAUUUUAUCUGUUGAUGGGCCUAAUGAUUGUCAAUAUUGGACACUUGAAAUAUGUAAAUGGAUGUAUGAUUAUAUAACACAAUAUAUAACAAAUGAAACAAAAACAUCAACAACAUCAAAUAUAUCUGAAAAAUUUUAUCAUUGUGUACGUGAGUUAUUAUUAGAAUUCUUAUCAAGUAAAAAUGAAUAUGUACGAGUUAAUUGUCGAAAUUUCUGGUGUGAUUCAAAACGUUUAAGUAUAUCAUCACAUCAUCGUCUUAUUGCAUUAGUUGAUCAAUUAUAUUCAAUAAAAAGUGAACAUGAAUAUUUAAAUUAUUCAACAAAUUUUCUUCUUGAACGUACAUCACAUAAUCCUGAUUAUAAUCAUGUUAUAUUUGAAAAUCCACUUGAUAAAUGUAUAUUUCAAGAAUUUCCAUUAACAUGUAAUUGGCGUCAACGUCAUCAUACAUAUAUGACACCAUUAUUUACUUUACAAUCACAAACAAUCAAUGAUCCAUUAAAUAUAAAUUUAAUGACACAAGAUCCUGUUCAUUUUAUGCAAACAUUAACAAAUAAUAUCAAUCUACCAACAUCAAUGAUUUUACAAACACAAGAAAUAUCGAAUCGACAACAAUUUAUACCAACACAAAUUCUAGACAAUAAUAAUGUAAAUUAUAAUUGGCUUAAACAAACAAAUACAUUUGAUACAACAGAUACAUUUACUCUACCAACAUUAUCAACACAAACAAAGAAAACAACAUCAUUAAUUGUUGAUGUUGUUAAUAAAAAAACAAAUAUUAAAUCGAAUAAUAAAGAUGAAGAUGAUAUAUUUCGACUUAAACGACGUUUUCUUAAAGAUACGGGUGAAUUACAUAAAUAUUUUUUCGCUAAAAAACAAAAUGAAAAGAAACAAAAUGAAAAACAAUUUCUCAAUGAAAUUAAAUUAAAACAAGAAAAUCAAGUUGAAAAAUAUCGUACAUAUCGUAUUGGUGAAUUACCCGAUAUUCAAAUACGUUACAGUGAUAUUAUUAUUCCUUUACAAGCACUUGCUCAAUAUGAUAAUUAUACAGCUCGUUUACUUUAUUCAAAUUUAUUUACAUCAAUAUUAACUUCACUUGAAGAUAAAUUAACAAAUGAUGAAUAUAUUGAAUUAAUUGAAACAAUUCAACAUCGUUUUAAUGUUAUAUUAUCACAAUCGGAAAUAUUUUAUCCAUCAUUAAUUGCUGCUAUAUUUGAUAUUAUUUUAUCGAAAGGAAAACAAAUUAAAAUUUCAGCACAAUAUAUAAGUGCAGCAGCAAUAGCUAGUCAUUUAGAAUCAAUGGGCAUAUCAACAUUAGAAUAUUUUAUUCGUUUAAAUCAAACAAAUGAACAAAAUGAAUUAAUACAUGGAUCAUCAAAGAAAAAAUUUAAAUCUGAUCCGAAUUUAGAUAAUCAAUUAUAUAAACAAAUUGAUCAUUGGCUUGAAUUAGCUAAAUGUUAUCGUUCAUUAGUUAAUUAUGAUGAUGUUCGUGGUAUAUUCUAUCAAAUUCCUGUUUUAAAAUCAUUAACACUACAAGCUAUUGAAGAAGAGAGUCAUUCGGACUUUUUAUCAGCUUUAAAUACUUAUGUAACAGCAUUAGAACAAUAUCCUAUAGUUCAAGAAACUUCAUAUAAUCCAAUAUUAGAAUUAGAACAUGAAUUUUGGACACAAUCUAUGUUGAAUUGUUGUAAUCAAUUAAAUAAUUGGACAAUUAUGUCAAAACAUAUAUUUAUUGCUAAUACAACAUUUGAUACAUUAUGGUCAAAUGCAUAUCAAUUAAAUUAUUUAAUGCCAUAUGCUAUACGUUCGAAACUUAAAUUACUUAUAUCAGGUAGUGAACAAGAACAAUUAGAACAAGAAGAUCUCUGUCGAUUUUUUAAUAAUUUAUCAGCAACUUCAAAUACAUCAUCAACAACAACAGCAACAUCUAAUUCGGAAACAACAUUUGUUAAACGUUCUUAUAUUGAAAAGCAAUAUCCAUUUGAAUUGGCUACAUUUUUUCUUUACCAAAAAGAUUUUGAUCGUUCCAAAUAUUAUAUUCAAUAUGCCAAAGAACAAUUUUUACUACAUUGGUCACAAUUAAGUCGUUUAAAUGAAUAUGGUCGUAAAACAACUAUACAAUUAAUUCAACCCUAUCAUGAACUUGAUCAAUUUCUUGUUUUUCUUGAACAUAAUUUACCUUUAUUGAAAAAUCUUGAAAAUCGUUAUUUAACAAAUAAUAAAAAUGAUACAAUAACACGAGAUUUAUUUCUUGAACGUAUUCAUAAGGAUUUAAUUUCACAAUGGCAAUUACCAGAUGUUAUUCGUAGUUCAAUUCAAACAUGGGAUGAUGUUGUAACUAAUCGUGCAUUAUUUUUAGAUAUUCUUGAUGAAUUAAUAGGUGGACCACGAAUGUCAUUUACAAGUCGAUUAAAAGCUACAGAAUUUGAUCCAAUACUUGUUGAUUAUAAAGCACAAUCAUCGCUUGAUAUGGCAUAUUGUGCAUUACGCCAACGUAAUUUUAAAUUAGCAUUAACAAAAUUAAAUGAUACACGUAAUCGACUUGAUCUAUGUCAAAAUCCUUUAGUUAAAUCAAUUUAUUGGAAUGAAAUUUAUUGUGAUGUUCAUUUGAAACGUCAUCAAAUUCAAUCAACUUUAUCAAGUUUAUUAUCAACAUUUGUUGCUAAAGAAUUAAAAAAAUUAGAAAAUAAAAUAAAUUCAUUAGAAAUUAUUGAUGAACAUACUGCAACAUUAAAUUCUACAUAUAUACAAUUAAAUUCACAAUUUUGUCGUACUACUAUUAAUUUAUUACUAACACAACCAAAUUCAUAUUUAGAAUAUGAACAUGCUGAAAAUAUUUCUCAAGCUAAACAUAGACAAUUAGAAAUGUAUCUGUAUGGUUUAGAUAAUCAAACAAAUACGAUACAAAAAGCGGAUUUAUUAAUUAAUGAAUUAUUUAAUAAAGGUGUUAAUAUAUUAAAAAAUAAUAUUGACAAACAAGAAACAAAUUUACAAAAUGUUCAAACAAAUAUUCGUAUUGCUAAAGAAAAUGUUCUUAGUCGUGAUUAUGAUGAAUUAGCAAGUCUUUGUGAUGAUUAUUUACGUCGAUAUGAAAAUAAUGAAGAUGAUGAUAAUUUAUUGGAAAAUUUAUUUUCUAAUGAUAAUGGUGAGAAAAUUGCCGAAAUUAUUAUUCAUUCAGUUUUGUCAUCAAUGAAAUAUGGUUCAAAUGAAGGUGUUAAACGUUUUUCACGUUUAUUACAAAUUGUUGAAUUAUAUCCAAAUACAAUGGAAUCAAUAGCUAAUCGUUUACAAGAUAUUCCUUGUUGGAUGUUUUUUGAUUGUUUAUAUCAAAUUACAGCACAUUUAGAUAAACCAAUAGCUCUUAAACUAUAUCCAUUAAUUGAAAAUAUUGUUAAAUCAUAUCCACAAUCAAUAGUUUAUCCAUUUAAAUUAAGUUAUGAAACAUUUCAAUAUUCCAUAACUGAUCCAACAUUAAAACGUAAUCUUGAAUUAAUUCGUCGUCAAUUAGAUCGUUUUACUCCACGUGUAAAUGAAUUUAUUCAAGCAUUAAAUCAAUUAAAUCCUCAACAACAAUUUGAAAAUUGGUCAAAAGAAUUAUAUCAAUUAUUAACAAACGAUAUUCAAACACGAGAUUUAAAUAAACUUAAAAAUCAUUUAAAAAAAUUUAAAGAAAUACUUUUUUCGGAUAUAAUUCCUGACGAUGAUGAACAUACAAUAAAAACCAUCACAUCACAAGAUAGUGUUUUUAAUGAAGGACUAGAUAAACGUCUAUUAAAAUCUCGAUUAACUUCAAUACGAUAUCAAUUUAAAAAUACAAUUGAAAAAGAUCUUGAUACAUUAUUUGGUAAACACGGUGAAUUAUUUUCAACUGUAUUAUUAACUGAUGUUAAAUCAAUUCUUACAAAUCUUGGUACAAAAUUAAAAACAAUUACACAAGAUAAAUCAAAUAUAAAUGAUUAUUCAACAUGGUUUUCAUUAACAUUUCAGCAACAACAACAUCGUCAAUUAGGACGUUCAUCUAUAUUUGAAUUAGAAAUACCUGGACAAUAUACAAGUCGAAAGAAGCCAUUACUUGAACAUCAUAUUAAAAUUGUUGGUUUUGAUGAAAAAAUUUUAGUACUUCAAUCAUUAAGAUUACCAAAACGUUUAACAAUACGUGGACAUGAUGAAAAUGAUUAUCGGUUUUUAGUUAAAGGUGGAGAAGAUAUACGACAAGAUCAACGUAUACAAGCUUUAUUUACAAUUAUGAAUGAUCUUUAUGAAAAUGAUCCUAAUUGUCAUCAAUCAAAUUCAGCACAUAUUUCUAUAAAAACUUAUAAAGUCAUUCCGAUGUCAUCAAAAUUAGGUAUGAUCGAAUGGCUUGAUAAUACUCGUCCAUUAAAAGAACUUAUUGAAGAAUGUUAUACAACUGCUGAAAAUGAUAUUAUUUCACAAGGUCAACAUCCAAGAAAACUUUAUCAAGAUUAUGUUACGAAUACAUAUCAAAAGGCGAAACCAACAGCUAAAUCAACUAAUAAUACAAUAAUGUAUGCGGAAUUAUUUGUUAGUUUAACAAAAAAUCAAGUUCAAGAUGAAUUUAAUAAAAUCCAAUCUGUUAUUCCAAGUGAUUUACUUCGACGUGCUUAUUAUAAAAUGGCCAAUUCACAUGAAGGGUUUUAUACAUUACGACAGCAGUUUAUAACAAGUUAUGCAGUCUUAUGUACAAGUCAUUAUAUUCUUGGUAUUGGUGAUCGACAUCAAUCAAAUUUUCUUAUUGAUACAUUAUCUGGACAAGUUAUUGGUAUUGAUUUUGGUUCAGCAUUUAAUGCAGCAACGAUUCAUUUACCUGUUCCGGAACUUAUACCUAUUCGUUUAACACGACAACUUAUUCAAUUAAUGUCACCUAUUGGUACAGCUGGUCUUUUUCGUGCAACAAUGAUACAUACAAUGAAUGUAUUACGUGAAAAUUCUGAUUUAUUACUUAGUACAAUGAAUGUAUUUAUUAAAGAACCACUUAUGGAAUGGAUGGAACAUGCCCUUAAAACAAGCAAACAAAUUACACAAAGUGAAUCAAAUACAAUACGUUCUGAUGAUACAUAUGCUAAAGAUCGAAUUCGAAGUGCACGAUUAAAACUUAAUGGAAUCAAUCCAGCAAUUAUUACUAGUUGUGAUCUCAAAUUAAAUAAUUUUCUUCGUCCUUCAAGUUUAAAAGAAGCACUUCGUCAUAUGGAAAAAGUAGUUGGUGGUGAUCAAACAAUGAAUAAACGUGCACAAAUUAUGAUGCAAUAUGGAUCAAAUCGUUUUCAUAAAUUAACAGUUGAUGAACAAGUUGAUUGCGUUAUUGAUCAAGCAACUGAUGUGGAUAUACUCGGUCGAUCAUGGGCUGGAUUAGAGACAUUUAUGUAA